AUGCAAGGUGUUGCUGCAUCUGUGACUGAUACCCUAGGAAAUAUCAAACCAUGGCUUCAGAAAGUAACAGCUCAAUCAAAGCCUACGGAUGCUCGGUACUUCACGACAACGAAAAAAGGUGAAAUUUUUGAGCUGAAAGCCGAAUUGAAUAGUGAGCGAAGAGAAAAAAAGAAGGAGGCUGUUAAAAAGGUCAUAGCCAGUAUGACUGUAGGUAAAGAUGUUAGUGCUUUGUUUCCAGAUGUAAUCAACUGUAUGCAAACUGAUAAUUUGGAACUUAAGAAGCUAGUAUACCUGUAUCUUAUGAAUUACGCCAAGACACAGCCUGAUACUGCAAUAAUGGCUGUGAAUACCUUUGUAAAAGAUUGCGAUGAUCCCAAUCCACUUAUCAGGGCUCUUGCUGUGCGAACAAUGGGCUGCAUACGUGUGGAGAAAAUAACUGCCUAUCUCUGUGACCCACUCCGUAAAUGUCUUAAAGACGAAGAUCCAUAUGUCCGCAAGACAGCUGCUGUUUGUGUAGCAAAGCUGCAUGAUAUAGAUGCUCAGUUAGUGGAAGAUAGUGGAUUUUUAGAACUUUUGAGGGAUUUGUUAUGUGACAGUAAUCCCAUGGUAGUCGCUAAUGCUGUCGCAUCAAUAACUGAAAUAUUGGAGAUGACAAAUUCUGAUUCUGCAAGGUCCUUACUUGCCUUCGAUGGUCCAGUAAUUAACAAACUCCUGACAGCUCUUAAUGAAUGCACUGAGUGGGGACAAGUUUUUAUACUUGAUGCGAUUGCAGAUUACACACCUGGUGAUGAUCGUGAGGCACAAAGUAUCAUCGAACGCGUAUCUCCAAGACUAGCACACGCAAACGCUGCUGUCGUUCUAUCAACUGUUAAAGUCAUUAUGAAAAUGUUGGAAAUGGUUGAUCCUACUUCCGAAACUGCAUCGACUGUAAUUAGAAAGUUGGCACCCCCACUAGUAACAUUACUUUCUGCGGAACCGGAAAUUCAGUAUGUAGCUCUGCGCAAUAUUAACUUAAUUGUUCAAAAGCGUAGAGAUAUUUUAAAGCAGGAGAUAAAAGUAUUUUUUGUCAAGUAUAAUGACCCGAUCUAUGUGAAACUUGAGAAGCUAGAUAUAAUGAUACGUCUCAUCAAUCAGUCUAACAUUGGUCAGGUGCUUGCUGAACUGAAGGAAUACGCAAAAGAAGUUGACGUGGAUUUUGUCCGAAAAGCUGUUCGUGCAAUAGGGAGAUGUGCUAUCAAGAUUGAAUCUGCCGCGGAGCGUUGUGUGUCUGCAUUAAUUGAUCUUAUCCAAACAAAAGUUAAUUAUGUCGUUCAGGAAGCAGUUGUAGUGAUCAAGGACAUAUUUAGGAAGUAUCCGAAUAAAUACGAGAGCAUCAUCUCCAUCCUGUGCGAGAAUCUUGAUACAUUAGAUGAGCCUGAAGCACGUGGGUCAAUGAUUUGGAUCAUUGGAGAAUAUGCUGAAAGAAUUGAUAACGCUGAUGAACUACUUGAAUCUUUUCUAGACGGUUUUCAGGAUGAAAACACCCAGGUUCAGUUACAGCUGUUAACUGCAAUAGUAAAGCUAUUUCUUAAAAGGCCGUCUGAUACACAGGAACUUGUCCAAACUGUCCUUGGUUUAGCUACACAAGAGUCUGACAACCCAGAUCUUCGUGAUAGGGGUUAUAUCUAUUGGCGUUUACUGUCUACAGACCCGGCAGCUGCUAAAGAAGUUGUACUCGCAGAAAAACCACUUAUUUCAGAGGAGACAGAUAUGCUUGAACCAACGUUAUUGGAUGAACUCAUUUGUCACUUAGCAAGCCUAGCUAGUGUUUAUCACCGGCCACCAAGUUCUUUUGUCGAAGGUAGGCAUGUAGCUCGGCGUCAACUUCCAGCACGCGUAAAUGGGGUCUCCUCGGCGCCUGGAGCAAAUUAUGGUGAUUCACAACAAGUAGAUGUUCCAGCUCCUACGGUUAUCCCAACUCAGGAGACAUUAAUUGGGGACCUAUUGGAUAUUGAUCUUGGAAGUGGGCCAUCUACAUAUGAUUCAACGAUGCACCAGUUCUCUCGCCCUCCUGUACCAAAUACUGGAUAUAGUUCAGCGACCCCUGAUCUUUUGGGUGAUGGCUUAGACGAUCUCUUACCUGGUGUUACUAAAACUCAUCCAAAUGAAGAACAGAAGACUCAAUCUGGAGGAGCAUCUUCGUCGGCUGCUGACGUGUUGGCAGAUAUUUUUGGAGGAAUCAAAAUGUCUGAUCUUUCUGGUGAUACUGGCUUCUUUGUGCCACCUGCAACUGUUUUACUGGAAGCUGCUCGUGGUAAAGGUCUCGAAAUUCGUGGUACAUUUUCUCGUAAGACAGCUACCGCACAAGUUUUUAUGGAGCUGACAUUGACUAAUAAUGCACUAACUCCCAUGUCUGGAUUCGCUAUACAAUUUAAUAAAAAUAGCUUUGGCUUAGUUCCAGCCCAAGCACUAAAUGUCCCUACUCCUUUGAUGCCUCAUCAAUCUGUUAAUGUAUCCCUUCCGUUAGCAACUACUGGUCCUGUAAUGAAGAUGGUUCCACUUAUGAAUCUACAGAUUGCUGUCAAGAAUAAUAUUGACGUAUUUUACUUUGCUACGUUGGUACCAAUGCAUAUUUUGUUUGUCGAAGAUGGAGAAAUGGAUAAACGAGUUUUCCUAGCUACCUGGAAAGAUAUACCUAGUCAAAAUGAACAACAGUUUACUUUGAGUCCAAAAAAUCUCACUGCUGAUGCUUGUAGCAGUAAAUUACGUCAAAACAAUGUAUUCACUAUUGCUAAACGUAAUUUGGAUGGUCAAGAUAUGCUUUACCAAUCUAUGAAGCUUACAAACGGUAUCUGGGUAUUAGCCGAAUUGAAAAUUCAACCAGACAAUCCGUCUUUUAUUUUAUCAUUAAAAUCACGUACAAUGGAUGUACAUCCUUGUGUUCAAUUGGCAUUCGAUGAAAUUUUAAAUCAUUGA